GCUACGAGUCAUGAAAACUCACUUCAAACCAUUUCAGUUUGGAGUUCUAUUUGCAAGGUGAGUAAUCAACCUGUAAUCUGUAACCAACCAUCCCUCUUAAGACAUUUAAGAAACCAUUCUUGCCGUAAAGUUAAGACCGUGACUAGUUAAUUAAACUUUUUAAAGUGCUGGGAAAAGUUUUUAUGCUUGAAGUGUUCCCAACUUUGGCAAGAAACUAAAAAAAAUUUCUUAGGUUCAUGAGUUUUUAAUCCCCUGAAAGUUUGAAUUCUCCUGAAAGCGAUGUUUGUUUCAGGUAGAUACUUAACAAUUUCAGGAAGAAAAAGCAAUCGACACACGACAACGGCAAAGUUUAGAAAAAUGAAGUACGAAAACGCUUGAUGCUUGUAAUUGCUAGACAUUAGGGGCUAGUCGACUUUAAUUUUGACAAAAGACUCACGGUCAGCGUCGCAGUUGCUUAAACAUAAGGUUACAAAACUUUAUAUAUGAUUUGACACGUUUAGCUUCAUCUUCCCAGCACACAAUCGAGGAAGGCAACAACAUUUAAAAAUUAAUUUCAAGUCAUAAUAAUAAUGAUGCUAAUAAUAAUAAUAAUAAUAAUAAUAAUAAUAAUAAUAGUAAUAAUAAUAAUAAUGUACAAAAUAGACACACCUAAAAAGUACUUCAAAGCUUCAGUUUCUUGUGGAUCCGUGCCAAAGAAUGAUGUAUAUGGGCUUCUCGAACCUAGAGUGUACCUUGAAUAACUUAAUGUUGUAAACGGGCCAAAAAACCUCCGACUUGUUCAAGUUCCAAAACUCUUGAAGAGCAUUGCAGCAUUUUCAUGCCAUGGUAAAUGUGACACUUCACAUUGGCAUGCAAAGGAUAGUAACCAGGGGCGGAUCUAGGGGGAGGGUGCAGGGGGUGCGCACCCCCAGACCUGCGGUUUUCUAAUACAACUGGUAUUCUGCGAAAAAAAAACUAUGCGGUUUAUUGGUGUUGAAGUAGAUAAGAGACGAGUGCACCCCCUCCUAAAAAAAAUCCAGGAUCCGCCCCUGGUAACCAAAUAAAAAUUUAUCAGAUGGAUAGUGUGAAAUAACCACAUUUUGUUAUUCAUGGAGCUCAUCUAGAGUUUGGGAGCGCGUUUGACUCGACAGUGGAGGGCUUAGUCUUUUUAUUUAUUUGGUAACUUAACUGGUUUCCAUAUCAAACAGUAAUUCCGUUUUUCUCUUGUUAGUUUACGUUGACGGACCAUCUCAAAAUGAAUCGUCCAAUAGUUGCCGCAUUUUUGGUGUCCUUUGCGUGUUCGAUUUUGACUGUAAGUAAAAAAUAUGGUUACUGAAACAUAGCAUUUAAGAUGAGAACUCUUGUAAAAUUUUCUAUAUAAACUGUUGAAUUUAUCGAAGUUUUAGAGAUGAAUUUAUUCUUAUUUCAGGAUCAAGUGUGGUCAGCUCGUUUAAACGGACAAGGUAGGCUUUUUGUAUUCGAUUUAGUCAAGAAAAAAACAAAUUAGGUCACUUCGGAGUUGCCCCAGGUCUCUGUGUCAAGGCUAAGUGCAAAGCCAUUAAUAUGAAAAUGAUCUUUUACUCUCAUGCAAAUAAAACUAAGUAAGAAAGGUUUUGCUCGUAGCCUCAGUUUCAAAAAGAGGGGUUUUGAACUCGGAAAUUGCCUAUUUCUUUUAGGUGCUUAAAGGGGCUGUGUCACGGCAGUCCAGUUCAUUUUGUUUAAUUUUGUCAGUUACUCGCCCUCAAUCGCUAUGGAACUUAAAGUAAGCAAAUAAAAGAAAUUACUUGUAAAUGACACAAGCAGAGAUUCGAGACAAAAAAAUAUGUCUCCUGAGCAUUAUUUUUGAAGUUGCAAAGAGUAGAGAUCAACUUUGAAAAACUGUUAGGCUGAACAGUUUUCAAAAACCCUAAUUUCAGUCCGUUGCAAUCGUCUUCAGUUUUGCCCAUCCGAGGCAGCUGUUGUAUCUGUUGUGUUAAUUUAACCUUCCUUUAAUGUUUUAAGCGGUUAUUUUUACGUUUCUCUUAAUUUAACGGGCAUUUUGUAAUUACCUAAUUUGGCUGAAUUUCGUGACACAGCUCCUUUAAUAUGAAAAUGAUUUUUUACUCUCAUGCAAAUAAAACUAAGUAAGAAAGGUUGUGCUCGUAGCCUCAGUUUCAAAAAGAGGGAUUUUAAACUCGGAAGUGACCUAUUUCUUUUAGGUGUUUAAUUUGUCUAAAUUUUAUUUUAAUUUAGUGCCCUCGCCACACCUAUUGGUACAAACAUUCUUUCAGACAUAGAAAGCGCUAACGCAGCGCUCCGCUGUUGUUGGUCCUUGUAAUUUUUCAUCAAAAGCAGCUGUCACUCUGGAUGUUAAACAUAAUUUUCUUCCCGUACCAUUAAAUGUCAGAAAUACAAGCUGAGAGAAAAAUAGUGCAUGAACGAUAUUUAUAUGCUGCUUAAAAUUGGAGUGAGGUCAAAGAAACAACAUAAAGUUUAGCCAUACUUCUCCUAUAGUAGCGGAACACUUCAGGAUGAAAUCGAUAUCUCUAGUAUUCAAACUGUGGCCAAGUAUAGUAAAAUUCGUGUCAUUUUCUGAAAAUAUAUAAACUAAAAGAAGUAAAUAGAGGGAAAUUGUUCAAAUUAUGAACAGAUUUCUUGUAUUUUCUCGUAGAACUUAGGGAAAAACGGUUCUCCUACGACAGCAUAGCAGAGACUUUGUAUAAAAACACCAUACGCCACUUCCACAUUUCCCAUAAUGCACCUUAUUUAUAAAUUUUCUCUCCAAAAUUUGGCAUAACCUUUGUUUUUUAAUUCUCCUGGGUAUUACAGCCGUCGCAUAAGAAAAUGAAAACAAUUCUUAUGCAAAAUUUUUGUGGGCAAACAAGGUGCAUUAUGGAAAUGUGGAAAUGGCGAAUUAAUUAUGUUACAGCACAAGAAAAACCUGGUUUGUGUCCCAAGCCCCGACCCGGUCAGGUUGGUCCCUGUGUUGAGGCCUGCUCUGGGGAUGGCGAUUGUAAAGGUGCCGCAAAAUGCUGCUCUAAUGGCUGUGGGCAUGUUUGCAUGAAACCACUGGGUAUGUACCUUAACUAUCAACAUCCCUACUCUGAUGUUAGGCGUUGCACGGUUGUUAUACGCAUGCGCAAUCUUCUUGCCUGUUGACUCUUAAUCUUUCUUUAUUGUGUAUUAUGGGCGUUACUACUGUGCAAAACUGGCAGGUUUGUUCUUGUUUAAAGUGACACCAAUAGUAUGAACCUGCAUAAUUAGUAUUUCAUGGAAAAAAAAUCGAUAAUGAUAAUGAUAACAAUAAUGAUGAUGAUGAUAAUGAUGAAAACCGUUCCGCUAACACGGAAUAGUAGAAAAUCAGCAUAAAAAUAAUAUUAAAAUUUCCUGCAACGGAAGGGAAACCUGAGUUUUGUCCCAAACCCAAACCUGACCAGAUUGGCAUCUGCGUUGACGCCUGACAAGGAGAUGACGAUUGUGCAGGUUCCGAAAAAUGCUGGUCUAAUGGAUGCGGGGACGUUUCCAUGAAACCACUCGAUAUGCAUGGUUUUCCCAUAUUUAGGCUUUGCUAGUAUGAGUAUGCGGAAGCAAUCCCCUUGUCUGUUCACUGCUAAAUUUUGCUACACACCGUGUAGAAUUGCUUGCUGUGAAAUUUAGCUGGAGUUCGAGGAGUUAUAGUUGCUAGUUUUGACCGAACAAUGGAAACGAGCUUUACGCGACAGGAGUAGCUCUGUCAGUAGAGCGCUUGACUACAGAGCGGGAGGUCGCUGGUUCGAUCCCUUUGGCCCGACCCAUACUCAGAUAUACUGAGAUAUGAAGGUAGUGCCUUUGCCAAAUUGCCCUGUAAACGGCUGGACCCUUCGGAUGACCACGUGAAAUGCCAGUGCCGUCUUCAGUAGGAGACGCCAAAAAAGUGUCCCAAAUUAGUACUUUCGUACUAAAUACAUUGACACUCAAAUAAAGUGCUUAUAUUAUAUAUUUCUUCGACAAGAGGGAGGGUUAAUUCUAAGAAAAUUGCAAGGUAAGGGUAAACAGAAUCCUGUUGAGUGUAUAUCAUUUCUUCGCUCGUCCAUUUUUCUCACGUUUAAUCAAUCGUUCGUAUGUUUGGCUUUUAUAUCAUUCACGGCAGUCAAUCUGGAUGCUGUGGAGAAACGAGAGCCUGGUGGGGUCCUUACUUCUGAUCGCUGCCCCAAGCCCGGCCGUUUUGGCCUCUGUGCUGAGCUUUGCGGUGUAGGUGGUGGAUGCUCAGGAGGAAAAAUAUGCUGCUCU